AUGGCCCAGAGAUUCUUUAACGGACUCAGGCCAGAUAUAAAGGGAAGGUUGCACGCUGUGACAUACAGAAGCGUCACAGAAGUGGAAGAGAGAGCGGUGAAUCAAGUAGAAGGACGAAACUGGAGCACAAACCAUGGUAAGGUCAAUAUGACUGUUAACCAAGGAGGACGUGCAGUGAGCAACAUGGAUCCUAGAGGAUGCUAUGUGUGUGGUCAACUUGGGCAUUUUUCUCGAGCUUGUCCAACCUUUGUGGAAACUAAGAAUACCACUCUGUCGUCUGUCACAUGUUUCUACUGUGGCGAUAUGGGACACUAUGCGACCUCAUAUCCAUCAAAGCCGACCAAACUGAACGCCCAAACUGUGAACCGUGCCCAGCCAGUGCAGGAAGUGAAGGAACCCCCAACAAAGAAGCAAGCAACCCCAACAAAUAUUUUUGCUUUAGGAGUAGAGCCACCCAAACCUCCAAAGCCUGCGAAAGGCCCUAUAACAAGAACAUUACUUGUUGGUGGUAACCCCACACAUGUAUUUUUCGAUUCGGGAGCGUCCAAUAGUUUUGUGACUCCUGAAGUGGCCGACAAGUUCGGAGAUUUGUGUGAAGAGGAAGAAGUGAACAUCAACGUCUACACCGCUGGUAAUCAACCGCCUCUGAAGACAAGAAGAUUGUUCAAGGAAGUGUCGAUAGUCUUGCAGGAUACAAACCUCCCGGUGAAUCCUCUAGUGAUGCCGCUAGAGAGGUUCGAUGCUAUUUUGGGAGUGGAUUGGUUGUCGGAGCACCAAGCCCAUAUAGACUGCAGCAGGAGCAGAGUUGUAUUUGAAAAUGGAGGAAGGACACCUCUAGUUUUCAACGGAAUUAGCCCAAGUAAGACGACAUACUUUGCAUCGGCAGUAAGGAUUGGAAGAUUGUGCGAUAAAGAGAAUGUUUACCUAGUCACUCUUACCGCCAUGGGAGGAGUUGACAAGGAAGACAUGGGAGUGGAGGACAUCACAUUAGUCUAG